UACAUCUCUUCGAUAACUCUCCCAUCGAUCCUUAGUUUUGUACAGAAACUAAGUCAUGGCAAGAAUCAACAGUUUGGUUUGUGUUUUUGCUCUUGCUUUUCUUGCACUUGCAUCUACUUCCUAUGGUUAUUAUGAUAAUGAAGAACCAAGACCUUCUGGUACCGAAGGUCAACCUUUUAAGAUUUCUAAUUACGUUCCAAGAGUUAGAGUGCCUAAAGUUCCUGAGGUAGAACAUCCAGAAGUCCCAUCCGUUCCCGAGGCCGAGAAGCCAUACGUCUCCACCGCACCUAAGGUUGAGAAGCCGUACGUUCCAGCCGUUCCCGAGGCCGAGAAGCCAUACGUCCCAACCGCGCCUAAGGUUGAGAAGCCGUAUGUCCCAACCACCCCUAAGGUCCCAACCCCCAAAAACUAUGCAGUACAAGGGCUUGUCUACUGUCAAUCCGGUGCUGAACGAAUUCCAAUUGAAGGAGUUGUGACAAAAGUUGUAUGCUUUGCCGCUGAUUUAGUUUCUCAGCUAUUGGUCGUCACCAGUAAAACUGACAACAAGGGAUACUUCUACACUCCAUUGGAUGUAUCUUCCAUCAUUUACCAAGUUUUCCAGUGCAAGGUGUACCUUGAUACAUGCCCAAUGACAAUUUGCAGUCACCCUACCGAUAUCAACAAUGGUGUCACUGGUGCCCUCCUCUCCCUCAACUAUCACAGUCUCCCCAACAACAAGAACUUAUACUCUGUUGGUCCUUUUGUUUACACUCCUGAGCCAAAGUACUAAAGAUGAAAUUUCUUCAUCCGAGAGGCUUUGUUUGCUGCAUAAUUAUUCUUUCAUGUUCAUUUUUUGUUUAGUUGUUGUAUUCGUUUAUUUGAAUGGAGUUGAAAUUUGUGAUGGACUUUUAAUCG